AUGACUAAAGUGCAGGGAGGGAUGAAAUGCGUGAAAUAUCUGCUCUUCGUUUUCAACUUCAUCUUCUGGCUGUCAGGGCUGCUGGUGCUGGCUGUGGGACUCUGGCUCAGGUUUGACCCAGAAACAGUGGAGCUCCUGACGGGCGAUGAAGCCCCCGACACCUUCUUCAUAGCUGUGUACAUCCUUCUCGGUGCCGGAGGGUUGAUGAUGGUCGUUGGGUUCUUUGGAUGUUUUGGGGCCGUGCGUGAGUCUCAGUGUCUUCUGGCAUCGUUCUUCGCUUGCCUCCUGAUAAUCUUUGGAGCCGAGAUCGCCGCUGGUGUGUUUGGAUUCCUAAACAAGGAACAGAUUGUUGAGGAGGUCCAGAAGUUCUACAGCAGCUCCAUUACUGACACCACCAACGUGAACGGCACGGCCGUCGCACUGAUCUACCACAAAACUUUAAACUGCUGUGGAGGUUCCAUGUCAGACGUGUCUAAUGACUUGUGUGCAGACGCUCCAAGUGACACCCAGGACUGUCUGAAUGCAAUCACAGACUUCUUCAAUGACAAGCUGCACAUCAUCGGAUACAUCGGAAUCGGGGUCGCAGGCGUAAUGAUCAUAGGGAUGAUCUUCAGCAUGGUUCUGUGUUGUGCCAUCAGGAACAGCAGGGAGGUUAUAUAG